UUGUAUUCAUGCAAAGAAGUUGGUUGCUAUUUAAUCGGGUAAAAAACGAUUGAAUAACGUUGCAUGUUGUAUUUUGUACCUACGCACGAACAAAUCAACAGACAAACUAUUCUUAUUGUAUCGUAUAGCACGGUACAAUAUGCGAAGGUAAUUAAGGUUGCUCAAACCUAGUCCAUCCAUUAUAAACUCAAUGUUUUAAAUAAUAAUAGUUAUAGUUAUUGGAGAACACAUAACUUACUCAAUAAAAUUUUUGUCCUACUUUAAUCACUUAAUGAAUGGUAACCUAUUCAUCUCUAACAUUGUAAGUAAGUGUUGCUUUGUUAGCAAUAAUAUGAUAAGUACAUUAAGGCUCUUACACAUUAUCCCCCGACACUAUAGUAUACUUAUUUUGUUCAUUUGCUCCCCUCAUAACUCAUAAACAAUGUUUUUUUAGAAUAAUAAUUUAGCGUACCUAUACUUACAUGAAAAUGUUAAUAGGAAAGUGUGAUCAUGAAGAAGACAAGAUUAAAUAAAAAUGAAAAUUAUUUAUUCAGAAUAGGUAACAUGUUACGCUCACUGAUAUUCAAAUUUUUUAAUUUGUAAGAUGAUGUGAUUGUGAUAAUUAAUUACAUACUUAAAACAAAAGCGAUGAGGGUUCCAAACGCGCCCAAGUCUGAGAAGAGCCCACAACAAACUCAGCCUUUUAAGCCAGAUUAAAAACCAUCCUGCUUUAUACUGAAUUAUUAUUAUUGUCAGAUAUUAUCUGGUGAAUCUCAGCAUAUUGAUUUGUAUCAUCAUUCAUAAUAGAGCGAGUGAUAGUGUAAAGGGACCUUUACGGAAAUUUAAUGACAAAUCAUUUUUGCUUUAUUUAAACAAUCAAGCGAGAUGUUAAAGCAUCAUUGUGUUAUCCUGAAGCAAGGAAUCUGGUGGAUACUGAAAUGUCACGACAGAGUGCUGAAACGUUGUUCCCAUCAGAAGAUGAGUCGCCGCAGCAUUCGCCGCAGCCUGAGCCUGAAAAGAAAUCCAAGAAAAGGGCACAUGACAAAUUAAAAACCGGUGAACCAUCAAGUCCCACACCGACGCGUGUUGCGAAGAAAUCAAUGAAGUCCAUCAUCAAUCCCAUCGCACCGCCACCAAAAAAGAUCACUGCAUACGAUCUUUUCGGCACAGAUAGUGAAGAUGACGAGACUGAAGAGACCUCUACACCUACAGCAGCGGGCAAAAAAAUACAGCCUUUAGUUUCGUAUUUAACAAGAAGACUGGCUAACGGUCAUUCAAGACAAUCUUUCGAGGGUAAGACAGGAACGCACUUCAUUGACCUGAAAGUGUACCGGUGUGAUGAGGUCGAAAAUGUUCAGCCCGUAAAUAGAUGGCGUCAUGCCAUCAUAUGUGUUAAAAACCGCACAAAUGAAGAUACUGAGGCAUGGCGCCACUUAACAAACUUCAUCAUUGCGACACGAAAAGAGUAUAAAAAAUGCACUCCCACUUUUAUCAGCAACUAUUAUUAG